AUGACAUCGGAGCAGGAUCUCUCGACCUCCUUCAUUCCGGCAUUGUAUAAGCCAGCAUCACUCCUACCUAUUGCACGGCACAAAGCAAGUCUGCUCUAUUUGGUUGAAACAUAUCCAGUUACCAUUGUGGUAGGCCAGACUGGAAGCGGGAAAACAACUCAGCUCCCCCAAUAUCUUGAUCAAGCAGGUUGGUGUGAAGAUGGAAAGCUUAUUGCUGUCACCCAGCCUCGGCGAGUAGCUGCCACUACAGUUGCUACGCGAGUUGCGGAAGAGAUGCGCUGCAAGGUUGGAGAAGCAGUAGGUUACUCAAUUCGAUUUGAAGACGUGACCUCUGCUGCAACUCGAGUCAAAUUCCUCACAGACGGAAUGCUACUCAGAGAAGCUCUAGUUGAUCCUUUAUUGUCACGUUACUGCGUUAUCAUGGUCGAUGAGGCUCAUGAGAGAUCCUUAAGCACUGACGUCCUCCUUGGGAUUCUCAAGAAGAUCAGAAAAAGGCGUCCUGAACUUCGAAUCAUUGUCAGUAGUGCUACGCUACAAGCGGAAGAAUUUCUCAAAUUUUUUGCCGGGGAUGAAUAUCAACCCGACGCGGAGCCCGCUGAUCUUGGUGGUAAAGUGGGGAGAAUCAUUAGCCUCGAAGGGCGAAUGUAUCCAGUAGAUACAUUGUUUCUCGAAGCCCCUGCAGAGGAUUAUGUCGAAAGAGCUGUCAAAACUGUAUUUGAUAUCCACAAUCAGGAAGCAGAAGGCGAUAUCCUUGUCUUUUUAACGGGCCGAGAAGAGAUCGAUCGCACAAUUCAAUUGGUAUCUGAACGAGCUGCCUCUUUACAUCCAAAGUCUCCCUCUUUGCUUCCAUUGCCGCUAUACGCUGGUCUUACGACAGAUCAGCAAAUGUACGUCUUCGAACCAACUCCACAAAAUACACGAAAGGUGAUCGUGUCAACCAACAUUGCAGAAGCCUCUGUCACAAUUGACGGUAUCGUGUAUGUCAUCGAUUGUGGAUUUGCGAAACUCCGAGCGUAUGAUCCCAGCACUGGAAUUGAAACAUUAACAGCUGUGCCAAUUUCAAAGGCCUCUGCUACUCAACGUGCUGGUCGAGCUGGGCGAACCAGACCUGGGAAGUGCUUUCGUCUCUACACACAGACAACUCAUGAACAGCUUCCUGAAGCCACGGUACCUGAAAUACAGCGCUCAAAUAUUGCGCCUAUUGUUAUGCAGCUAAAGGCAUUGGGUAUCGAUAAUAUUGUGAGAUUUGAUUUCUUGACCUCACCUCCAGCAGAGUUGGUGAUCCGAGCCUUUGAACUUUUGUUUUCCCUCGGCGCAGUCGACGACUAUGCUAAACUCACCAAACCACUUGGCAUGCGAAUGGCAGAGCUUGCAGUUGAACCUAUGAUGGCGAAAGUCUUACUUGCAGCACCAACGUUCAAAUGUCUUAGUGAGAUUCUGACCAUUGCAGCCAUGGUCAGUCUUCAGGGCACUGUUUGGGUUCAAGACCAUGAUAAUAAGAAGGCCGCAGAAAGCCAUCGUCGCAAAUUUGCUGUCGAAGAAGGGGAUCAUCUUACCUAUCUGAACGUAUACCAGGCAUUUGUCACCAAAGGAAAGAAGGAACCCAAGUGGUGUCGUGAUCAUCUUCUGAACUACCGCGCUUUGCUACGAGCGGUUAGCAUUCGAGGCCAGUUGAAACGAUACCUCGAACGAUUUGGUAUCCAGGUUGAAGAAACCCUAUCAUCUCGGCAAGAGGCGGUUGACCCGACUAGACAAGCACAACAGAUCCAACGGUGUCUUACAACUGGCUAUUUUGCUCAUGCGGCCAAGAUGCAGCCAGAUGGAACAUUCAAGACUGUCAGUGGAGGUCUUACCCUCCAUGCCCACCCUAGCUCUCUAAUGUUUAAUCGGAAAGCAGAUUGGGUGAUCUUCCAUGAGAUCAUGCAAACGGGUGAUAAGACCUAUAUUCGUGAUGUUACGAAGAUUGAGAAGAGCUAUCUUUUGGAAUACGCACCGGAAUACUACAGGGUAACCUAA